AGUCAUCGCCUGUUAGAGCUUCUGUUCGCAGUGCAAAGGUAAAAAAUCCCUUUGUUCGGGAGUGUGAGAAGGAAAUCCUUGGGAAAUUAUAUAUAACUAGACACACAUCUCCCCCAGACACCCGCCCCAAAAAUCGUAACUCUAAUUGAUUUCCUCAUUUUCUCUCUCUCUCUCAUCUACCCUUAAUUUUCCUGCAAUUUCCCGCGCAAAUCCCCCGUGAAUCACACAAAAAAAGGUGAACAGGAUGGCAAAAAGACUGAUUAGCAGCUCGUGCCUGGUCUUCCUGGUUAUCCUUGUGGUAGCAGAGUGCGUCCCCACGUCCGUACUUGUGGACACCACCAAAGAUGCCAGCAAAAUAAAAAGAUCCCCGGAUGGUCUCAAAUCGAUCGCAACAACAUCAAAGGAGGAAAAUGUACAGGGUGCCCCAGAUGGCCUGAGUGAGAAUGUGGAGAAGAUGCCCCAGAAACGUGGAGUUCUUGCCCAGAAUCUCCCGUCAACAACAUACGGCUACCCCAGUGAGUAUCCCGUUGGGAAUGUAGCCAAUGGGGUGUGGGAAGAUGAGCCAGCUCUUGGACUUUACCAGGAUUGGGAUGAAAUCUACGAACCGGCCAAUCGACAUGGUGCUGCCUACGACAAUCUCCAGAACAUUCUCAAUUCGCAAUUCUACACGGAGCCUGUGGCUCUACCGCUGGAGUACACCUACAAGUACUACGGAGACCGCAAGAAGCGCUCCAAUGACAAGAAUCACCCCAAGAGACGCACAGCCAUUCGGCCAAAACGCAAUUCCAAAAUGAGCCCCUCCGACGUCCUGGCCCUGGCUUCUCUGCUCGAUGGAACUGAACGUGGACGCUUCUAUGAACCCGAUCUCUUGGAAUCAGCUGGCUAUCCGCCGUAUGUACAGUUUGCCGGUCCCAUUGCUGAUGAUGCUGAACGCGAAGAAUGGAUCAAUAGCUGGGCAGAUGGCCCCGUUGAGUACCUUCCACCUUACGCCCUUGAGCCUGUGCCACGCUAUGAAAUUUUCCGAGAUGGUCCAGCUGGACGCUAUCCGAAUCGUGGUUUCCCCGCGAAGCGUUUCAUGGUUUCUAAGAAGAGGCUCCGCUUGCCCACUGAGGAGGGGAAUCCUCAUAAGUAUUUUUAAAAAUAUUUAAAGAAAAAAUGAAGAAUUUAAAAAUCCCCAAAAAAUAUAAACCAAAAGCACACACACAGACAGAAAAAAAACAAAACAUUCCCUUUGAACGCGUAAAUGUUAAAAGCCAGAUGAUUUAAAUUCCUGGCCAUUAAUGUUGACCCCUCUCUCCCCUAAGAAUUGAAUGAAAAAGAAAAUCUCCCCAUCUCCCUCCCCCUAAGAAUGAGGAGAACUUCCCCAAAAUUUUAAGAAGAUAAAAAAAGCUCUCACGACCAACAAAGAGUUAUUAGAACGGCGAAGAGAUUUAUUAUUUUUGUAAAAGAUGCCAACUUUCAUCUCAAUGGUGGGUGCAAAAUGGAUAAACUAAUCAUCAACAUUUGGACGAUAUCAUGUAUGUCAAAAGAUAAAAAUAAAAAAAAAGAAAACUUUUAUCGUUGAAGAGGAGAGAAACCUUAUGACAAAAUGUGGCUCAGAGAAACUUUCUAUAUAAUAGCUCUAUGUAAUAUGUGACAUUAUCAGAGUUUAAACUAAACUAUUAUACAUAUUAACAAACAUCUACUAAAAUAAAUAAAUAGCAGUUACUUUGGUGUCCGAAA